AUGGCAAACGGAGAGGAGGCUUCCAUGGGACUCCCAUUGGGUGGGUGCCUCUGUCGUUCAUUUCUCUCAAAACUCGUGGACCUGGCGAUUUGGGACGUUGAGAAGCAACAGCUGCGCUCCCCGAGAAAAGUGUUAGAAGUUCUGCAAAGUGGCCUGCAACAACACGCGGAAAAUUAUUACCAAGCUGUUGUGGAAGACUUCAAUCAGUGUUUGCUGCGGCUGCAAUGUCAUGGGGCCUCAGCGUUAGAUGGGCGAAAGCUCUUCUUUGCCUGCCCAAAUGAGGAUGGCUCGAUGGUAGAAAUUUUUCCCAACGGGAGCUCUGUCAAGGUUACCGUGGAAAAUCACAAGUAUUUUUUAAAUCUGGUUCAGAGUAUGCGACAUAAUGUGCCUACCCUGCUGCGUGACUUGCCCAUUGAUCCCAAGCUGCACCUCAGUGGGGACUAUUACCCAGUGGCCUGCUUUAUCGCCAACCACCUCUUGAACCCCUCUUCAGAGUGGUACAUUGACAAUGAGGAGGAUUGGAACGCCCUCCACGUGACCUAUUCUCUACCCUUCAACGGGCAGUUGUUGGAUGUUUUUCCUGGGCAGCAUAAUGCACUGGUUCCCUACUGGAAUGCCAAACGCUUUGGAAUAAAUGCAAUGCGGCUGUUGCAGCAGCUCAUGGCAGUGCAUCAACUCCCCGUGCAUUUUUUUUAUCCUCCUCUGGAAGAACUUCACCAGCAGGAGCUGUCACUGAGGUCGCGCGGCUACUUGGAUUUCUUAUACGCGUUGCAGCGGAUGAACGGACCUUUUGGGCGUGUGUUAAGCGUGGAAGAAUUUAAUGCAAUUGGCCUUACUUACAGCAUACCGGUGGGAAACACCUUUGUCCCUCUCAUACCUGGCAAAGAGCAUGAGCCAGUGGCCUACGAAGACAAGGACCUCUUUGUAAACUUGGCAAUCGCCAAGUUGAUGGGGACUGCCAUGACACCGACGCCGAAUCACCCCUGCACCUCUGCACUCCCGCCACAUCCACUCAUGGACAACAUGCCGCCAUCGGAGAAAAAAUUCUGGGAUGAUGUGGAAGCCGUCAGGAAGAACCCUGCCGAAGCUGUGGGACUGUGCUUUGCAAUAAGAGUCCUGGGCCAGGAUAUUUUUCUCAAAGAGUGCGGGGAUACCAUCGGCGUUACUGAAGAGAAUGUGGAGGAGUACGUUUACUGCUUGUCUCAGAAGCGGGAAAUGAUUCACGCCGCCUUCGUGCAGAACGAAAUUCUAACCACCGAGAGGCACAUGGUGCCAUUACAUCAUGCACCACCGACCGUUGCGAGGGAAAUGGAAUCGCUUUAUCGAUACCCACCGCAGAAUUCUCCUCGGUGGAAUACGUUUACCCUCGGCCCAGAGGAUGCAACCAAUGAGAUCUUCCGUAUUGCGAAUGCCGCUUCGGGCAACAAUGAAAACGACACGGCAAGGGAGCUUAGAGGGCCAUUGUUUUUUGCCAUUCCCAUUUCUGGAAAAGGGCUCUACAAACUCUUGCCUCACGGAGAAGCAAUUCCUGUUUCGAGGUCAAAUCAAAAAGAAUUUGUGGAACGAAUUUGUUAUGAAAAAAACCGCCUCCAAUUCAUUGAUUCGGCUGCGUCUAAACACUCCUUACCUUCAGCUCAAGCGGAGAGAACUGCAGGGUUUGAACCCGCCGACGGGAUUUCACCCGCAUAUUCGCAUCUGCCCGCGAUGGAAAUUUCUGAGCCUAUACAAAACCAACGGCGCAGAAUAUACUACGACCCUUCUUCCGGGUCGAUGACAGUCGCGACUUUGGCUACGCUAGACGAAAUCGAUAUGUACAAGAAGAAUCUCACGUUGUUAAAACGCAAUAGAGAUCGAGUGCCUCUAGGAACGCUUCAGGAUUUGAGCCUUACCUACGCUUUGACGGUGGCAGGGGUGGAGUUGGAGUUGGUGAAGGAUGGUCGACUACGCUGUGUCGCGAUGCACGAGUUGGACAGUUAUGUGGAUAUGGCUAUUCGCAAACUGGAUGAGCUCCGGGAUCGCAUCCUGGAGCAGAAUGAAGUCUAUCCCCAUGGCUUGGUUGCGCCGCCCCACACAACCUCAGCAACGCAGUGA